UUGGGGAUGAGGCUCCUCCUGGUUGGGAAGAGUGGGGCAGGGAAAAGUGCCACCAGCAACACCAUCCUCGGAGAAUGCGUGUUCAAGUUUGCGACCGAGCUGGUGAUUGUGAGCUGUGUGCAAGCACAAGGGUGCUGCGAUGGUGAGGACAUCACGGUCAUUGAUGCAGCUGAUAUUUUUGAUCCAAAGGCUGCCAUCAGUGAUGUGUACAAAGAAAUCACUCAUCGCGUCAGGCUGUCCUCCCCAGGCCCCCAUGUGCUGCUGCUGGGAACCAAUCUGGGCCGAUCCAUCGAGGAGGACAAGGAGGCUGUACACAGACUGCAGGACAUUUUUGGAGUUGAUGUUUUGAGGUACACGAUCAUUACUCAUGCAGAAGACCUGGCAGGGAGGUCGCUGCACAAUUACCUGGAGCAUUGCGGCAAGGGAGCGCUCCAGGACCUGAUCCUGCGCUGUGGGAGCAGGUACUGCGGCUUCAACAACAGAGCAGUUGGUGCUGAACAGGACCACCAGGUCACCAAGCUGAUGGCGAUGGUCUGCCACGUGGUGCAGGAGAAUGGGGUGAUGAAUCACAGAGUCACAGGAACAUCAGGGCUGGCAGGGACCUUUGGAGAUCAUCUAGUCCAAGCCCUGCUCAAGCAGGGUUCCCGCCAGAGCUGGUUGCCCAGGACCAUGUCCAGUUGGGUUUUGGACACCUCUAAGGAUGGAGACUCCACCACCUUUCCAGGCAGCCUGUGCCAGUGCUCGGUCACACUCACAGCGAAAAAGCUUCCUGAUGUUUAA